AUGGCGUCGACCGCCAAUCUCCCUUACCGUAAACUGAAAUACGAAACUUGGCUCGAUCAAAAACGCGAAAACCGUUACUACAAUUCCUUUCUAGAGAAGGUUAUCCGUAGGUCAAGAAGUUCGAGGCUCGGAAAACUCCGGACCAGGCGAAAGCAGAGGCUCAAGAUCCCGAGCCUAAGACGGUUCCUGAGGCGAAAAGCCCGUGUUUUGAAGUUUGCUUGGAAGAAAGUCUGCAAGAGACCACGCCAUAGCGGCUUCUUCAGUCGUCUAUCACCCGCCUCCAUCACUGUCCCGUCCCUAUCUAUCGCUCCUCUCCGUCUCUCGCCUGCUUCCGUCGCCGGCCUGCCGCCGUCCCUGUCCCGCUUCGGUCGCCGGCCUUCCGCCGUCCCUGUCCCGUCCCCAUAUCUGGACCCCCUCCGUGUCUGGCUCGCCUCCAUCGCAACUUUCAAAGAGAUGGCGGAGGAAGAAUUAGCGGUGGCGAGAGAUAGCAACGAUGGCUCUGGCUUCAAUGAAGAAGCCCAGGAGAAUGAAAAAAUGAAGCAGAAAAUGAAGGAUAAAAAGAAAAAACGACUUCUAAAGGAAGCUGAAAGGGCGGAAAAGCGGGGUGUGUGCUAUUUGAGCCGUGUGCCUCCUCACAUGGAUCCUCUCAAGCUUCGCCAGAUUCUAUCUCAGUAUGGAGAAAUUCAGAGGCUCUAUCUUGCUCCUGAAGAUGCUGCUGCACAAGUGCGUCGGAAAAAGUCGGGAGGGUUCCGCGGACAAGAAUUCUCAGAGGGGCAUGCAUUAUGGGUUGAGUUCUCAGACAAGAAAGUCGCUAAGAGAGUGGCUAGGAUGUUGAAUGGAGAACAGAUUGGUGGAAAGAAAAGAUCAUCGUUCUACUAUGAUUUAUGGAAUAUCAAAUAUCUGAGUAAGUUCAAAUGGGAUGAUCUUACUGCAGAGAUAGCAUACAAGACUGCCAUUCGAGAACAGAAACUAGCGAUGGAACUAUCUGCUGCUAAAAGAGAGCGUGACUUUUAUCUCUCGAAAGUUGAUCAGUCAAAAGCUUUGAGUAAAAUAGAAGAACGGCUCAAAAAGAAGCAAAAGAUUGAAGUGACGCCAAAAGUGGUCCGCCAGUUUCCGCAGAAAAAACCAGUUGCGAAAGCUGAAGAAAAUAAGGGCCAAUUGUCGAGAGAUGUCUUGUCUGGAGUUUUUGGUGGCUCUUCAUGA